CAGCGCCCACCCCUGGGGGGUGCCAACAGCAAUUUUGCACCCAGCUGUGUGCCUAGCUCUCUUCCCCACACCCACCCACCACUUCCACAUGCCUCCCCACCCCUCCUGUGGGGACACAGGCUGAGGGGGGGGGGACUUCACUCCCCUCUCUUCCCAAGACAACCCCCCCUCCGCCUGGCUCGGAAGCUGACAGGCUCGCUCGCUCUCCUGCUAAGCCAGAGAAAGCAGGCAUCAGACUUCAGCACUGUGGACAGCUCCUGUGGCUCUGAGCUCACAGUCUCUGUCUUGCUCUCUCUCUCUCAGCCCUGAGCUUUCAGCUUGCUCUUUCGGAUCCUGUCCACAAUGGACCGCUCCCAGUUGGGCUCAGUGGCCUUCCUGCUCUGCCUGAUUUGGGCGGCACACAGAAGCCUCGCCACAGCCGGCCGGGCACCCCAGGAGUUCCCUUUCAAGCACACCUACCAGGCGCAUGAGAAGGAGCUGCUGGAUGAACUUCAGGAGGUGCUGGAGAAGCUGCAACAUAAGAAGGUCUCCACUUGGGAGAAGAAAUUCAACCAAGUUCCCAAGUGUUCCUUCGGUGACCUGUGUGCCGUCAGGAAAGGCGCCCGGAUUGGCAAGCUCUGCAACUGCCCUCGCGGAUCAGCCUGCAAUGCUUUCCUCCUCAAGUGCUUGUGAAAUUAUGGGAUUUCGCGCCACAUUUUCCCUCCCCACCUGUGUCGGCGACUUCCCGCUUCCUGCCUCAUUGCAACGCACCAGCUCCAUGAGGGGGCAGGUUGUGAUCCGGGGAAGUGGGCAAGCUUCAACGGAACCCUGGAACCGGGCCGGGGAAGAAAUAAAAGGGAGCUUCUGAGCA